AUGACCGAGCUUUCAAGAGCAAAAAAAGUGAGACUUGAACAAAUGUACACUGUAACAGAACGGGAUCUACAAGUAGCCCAUGAACUUAUCCAAAGAUUAUAUGAAAAAUGUAAGGAAAAAGGAAAAACACGAAAAGCAGGAUCGAUUAGAAGAUCAGAUUAUACACAUAAACCUUCAGGAAUAGCUAUUUCCUCAUGGAAAAUGAAUGAUUGGGAUUACAAAAAAAGAGAAGUUCUUACUCCUGCUAGGGGUCUGUUCACGAGACAGACGGAUGAACAUCAAUAUGAAAUUGUUAUCCGUGGAUAUGAUAAAUUUUUCAAUAUUGGAGAGUGGGAGUCUAUUAUCGAAAACACAGAAAGCCCUUAUGAAAUUACUGCAAAAGAAAACGGUUGUAUCAUUUUUAUUGGUGGACUUCCCAAUGACAAUAUAUUAGUUACUAGUAAACAUUCAAUGGGUGAACUUCAGAAUGUAGUAAUUGCACAUGCUCAGAAGGGUGAAGAGUGGCUUGACAAACAUUUGGAUCAAGUGGGAAAACGUAAGCAAGAUCUAGCAAGAUUUUUAUACAUAAAUAAAUUAACCGCAGUAGCCGAACUUUGUGAUGAUUCUUUUGAGGAACACGUGUUGCCAUAUACUUUUGAACGUAGUGGUCUCUAUCUGCAUGGAUUAAAUUAUAAUACUGCCGAUUUGAAAACUUGCCCUAGCGAAUAUGUCAAUGAAUUUGCAAAAGAAUGGGGCUUUAUCCCAAUAAUAUAUUAUGUCAGAAAUAGCGCAAAUGAAGUUAAGGAAUUUACCGAUAAGGUUAAAGAAAAUGGUGCGUUAAAUGGAAAGCCAAUUGAGGGAUUUGUGGUGCGAACAAAGAUAAAGUACACUGGUCAAGAUUUUUUCUUCAAAGUCAAAUACGAAGAACCUUAUCUCAUGUAUCGUGAGUGGAGGGAGAUCACCAAAGCUCUUUUAAAUAAAAAAGAGCCUAAAUUUACUUAUCCAACCAGUAAAUACUAUAUUAGUUGGGCGAAAGAGAAAAUUCGAACAGAACCAGACCUUUUCGAAGGGUAUCAACAUAAUCAUGGAAUUAUUCAUGUAAGAAACAUAUUCUUAGAACAUUUGAAUAAAGAAGGCAUGUCUCAACAUAUACCAGAAAGAUGCGAACUGUUCAAGAAAACUUUGUUAGUACCUGUUGCGACAAUCGGAUGUGGCAAAACAACGAUUGCACUUGCACUUGCAUCAUUGUUUAAGUUUGGUCAUAUACAAAAUGAUAAUAUAACUUCUAAGAACACCCGUUCAGAGUUUCACAAUAGUAUUUUAAAGGAAUUUGACAACAAAGAUGUUGUGAUUGCGGAUCGAAACAAUCAUGUUCGACAACUUCGCCAAUCUUUGAUAGAAUCCAUCACGAAUCGCUAUCCAGAUAUCCGUAUUGUCGCGCUCUACUGGAACCAUAGCACUAAUAUUAAUGAGAUCUUCGAAAUGACUUCACAACGUGUUGCACUACGUGGACGAAAUCAUCAGUCGCUUACUCCUGAUAACCCUAAAUAUAAAAGUGUUAUUUGGGGUUUUUUGGAUAAGUUUGAGCCUCUGGAUUCUAAUAAUGGAGUUGAUAACUACUUUGAUCAUGUCAUUGAUUUAGAUAUUCAUAAUGACGUUAGGACCAAUCUUCUAUUUAUUAUCGAAGAAUUGCGUUCGAUACUUGGUAUAGAAAAGCCGGACGAUUCACAAAUUGAUACAGCUAUUGAACAUGCAAUGAAUUAUAAACCCACUAUUCGUAAAAAUGUUAAACAGCCUAAACCUAGUUAUUAUGGGAUCACAUUUGAUUAUGAUUUUAAUAAUUUCCUAAAACAAUAUUUUGACGAUCAUUCAAAUGUGGACUCUGGAACAUUUGAAAAACUAAUACAAAAUGAUCGUAUUAGACCUGAACAUCAUGUUACUCUUGCUCAUGCUGCGGAUUUUCCCUCCAAAGAGUGCAAAGUAGUGUGGAAGGAAUUCGAAGAGAUGUGUGGAGAAGAACCUCCGCAGGUGCGGGUGUUUUUCGAUAAGCUAGUUUUCGAUUCACGCAUUAUGGCACUUGUUGUCAAAAAAAUUGAACCACCAUCUAUUAAAAGCAUGAACAAAGUGCCACAUCUUACUAUUGGUACAGUCGAUAGUUCAGUUAAGCCUCGAGAGGCAAAUACAAUGUUAGAAAGCGUCUUUGAUGAUAUGUUACAAGGAAAAAACAAGAAAAAAUGGGCGGAUGUAAAAGUUAUUUCUCUGGAUUCUGAUUUAAUAAUCACAGGAAGAGUUCAACCUCACUAUAAUUGA